AAGCUGGCCUUUGUCUUUUCCCACCCAGCAGGAUUUGGGGGCUCAGUACCCUCACUUAUUUGGCCAGUCUUUGAAGAGAGAGGGGUUCCAUCACCUUUAUCGGAGGCUGCUUUGGAGCACCAAUCGAAAAUGGAUAAGCAAGACCUGGCUAGCCUGGAAGCAUGGAAAGCCCCUCGGACCAUUCAAGCUGGGAGCAGCGGAAGGUUCCGGAAAACAACUAUGAAGAAGGCCCUGGGUGGGGACACCCUCACCUCCGAUGUACAGCGCCAACGCUUCAGGCAGUUCCGCAACCAGAAGGCUGAGGGCCCCCGGGAGGUUUGCAGCCGACUCCAUGAUCUCUGCCGUCAGUGGCUGAAACCGGAGCAACACACCAAGACACAGAUCCUGGACCUGGUGAUCCUGGAGCAGUUCCUGACUGUCCUGUCCCCGGAGAUGGCGAGCUGGGUGAGGGAAUGUGGGCCGGAGACCAGUUCCCAGGCGGUGGCCCUGGCAGAAGGCUUCCUCCUGAGCCAGGCAGAAGAGGAGAAGGAGGAAGAGCAGCAGGAGCCAUUUGUGGAAAAGACCACUGAUAUCGCUGAGGUAAAGAAGGCUGCGUCGGACACCAGACAGGGGCCCCUGCCAGGGUGGAUCGUGCAAGAGGCCGGUGGAGGUAGCAGCACCUCUCUGGGAGAUGGACCAACGAUUCCCUCGAGAUCAGCCAGCCCGUCUCAUCCCUCUGGUGCCACGGAAACGGCUUUUGUGCAACUGGAGCAGGAGACCUUUGAGGAGGUGGCCGUGUAUUUCAACGAGGAGGAGUGGGCAAUGCUGGAUCCAGACCAAAGGACUCUGCACAGGGAAGUCAUGGAGGAGAAUUGUGGGAUCGUGGCCUCUCUGGGAGGUGAAGGACAAGAGAUGGAGAAUGAAGAAGAGCCAUGCAGGUUGCUGGUGGAAACUGCGGCAGGUGAAGAGCAGGAAGAGCAGCAAAUAAAGACGGAAGCAAAGGAGGAGAGGAAUGAGUCCGCUGCUUCUCUCGAUAUGAAAAUCCUAGUGUGUGAAAUCCCGGUCCAAGAAAAAAUUGAAACAGAAUGGAGCCAGUGCCUUCUGUGUGGGAAAGCCUUCAGUUGUAAAUCCAGCCUUAUUGCUCAUUGGGAAAUUCACACAGCGGGAAAGCCGUACAAAUGCUUGGAGUGUGGAAAGAGCUUCAGUACUAGACAGUAUCUCAAUUGCCAUCGAAGAAUCCACACAGGAGAGAAACCAUUUCAGUGUUCUAAGUGUGGAAAGAACUUCAGUUCUAGACAGUAUCUCACUUGCCAUCAAAGAAUCCACACAGGGGAGAAACCAUUCAAAUGUCUGGAGUGUGGGGAGUGCUUCUCUUGGCCGAACUCCCUUACUUUGCAUCAAAUUAUGCAUACAGGGAAGAAACCCUAUAAAUGCUUGGAGUGUGGAAAGAGCUUCAGUCGAAGCACCAGCCUUAAUUCACAUCAAAGAAUCCACACGGGGGAGAAACCAUUUAAGUGCUUGGAAUGUGGCAAGAGGUUUAUUCAUAGCACUAGCCUCACAUACCAUCGGCGACGUCACACAGGAGUGACACCGUAUAAGUGCUUGGAGUGUGGAAAGAGGUUUAUUCAUAGCACAAGCCUCACUUACCAUCAACGAUGCCACACGGGAGUGAAACCGUUUAAAUGCUUGGAGUGUGGGAAGAAUUUCAGUACAAGGCAAUAUCUUACUUGUCAUCAAAGAAUUCACACAGGGGAGAAACCAUACAAAUGCUUGGAGUGUGGAAAGAGGUUUAUUCAUAGCACAAGCCUCAAUUACCAUCAACGACUUCACACUGGGGAAGAACCAUUUAAAUGCUUGGAGUGUGGGAAAAGCUUCAUUACUAAGCAGCACCUCACUUACCAUCAAAGAGUUCACACAGGGGAGGAACCAUUUAAAUGCUUGGAGUGUGGAAAGAGCUUCAGUCGUCGUACAAGCCUUACUGCACAUCAGAGCAUCCACAUGGGGGCAAAACCAUUUAAAUGUUUGGAGUGUGGAAAGAGUUUCAGUAGUAGACAGUACAUCACGUCCCAUCAAAGAAUCCACACAGGAGAGAAGCCAUUUAGAUGUUUGGAGUGUGGAGAGAGCUUCUGCUGGGCUAACUCCCUCGCUUUGCAUCAGGUUAUACAUACGGGAGAGAAACCAUUUAAAUGCUUACAGUGCGGAAAGAGCUUCAGUCGAAGCACCAGCCUCACUGCACAUCAAAGAAUCCACACAGGGGAGAAACCAUAUAAGUGCUUGGAAUGUGGAAAGAACUUCAGUACUAGCAGAUACCUCAUUUGCCAUCAAAGAAUUCACACAGCAGAGAAAGCGUUUAAAUGCUUGGAGUGUGGAAAGAGCUUCAGUACUAGCAAAUACCUCAGUUGCCAUCAAAGGAUUCAUACAGGGGAGAAACCAUUUCAAUGCUUAAAGUGCGGUAAAAGCUUCUGCUGGGCUAACUCCCUUUCUUUACAUCAAAGAAGUCACACGGGAGAGGAACUAUUUAAAUUCUAAGAGCAUGGAUAAAGUUUCAGCGGGAGAGAAACUUCUCAUUAAAGAAUUUACACCGGGGAGAAACCAUACAUAAGAAAAAGUGCAGAAGUGUGGAUUGAGCUUCAUUCAGAACACAAAGCUCACAAGGUAUCAAGUAAAUAACAAAGGAGAAAAACGUGGCAAACCUUAAAUGUUGUAUUGAUUUUGUAAAGACAUAUCAAACUCUAAGAAACAUUAAAAGAACCCACACAGGGGAGAAAGCAUAUAAAUGCCUCGAGUGUGGGAAGAGCUUCCGUUUGAGGGCAAACCUCACUUCCCAUCAACGAAUUCACACAAUGGGAGAAAACAUAUCAGUGUUUGGAGGUGUGUUAAAAGUUAGAGCUUGUACUGCAGUUGCCAUCAAAGAAUUCACAGAGGAGGAACCAGAGAUUUGCAAGGAGCGUAGAACGAGGUUCAUUCCCAAACAACCCUGGCGUCAGCUUUGGAGUGGGUGAGGGUGAACGUAUUGUUGCUUUAGCCAGGCACAAUGGAGUGACUAGUGCCACAGGGGUCUGUUAAUCUAGAGACAGACAUUCAGCCAGUUCUGAGUGGGAUUUCACUACUCCUUUUGAAUCAGGUCUACAGCCUGGGGGAUUUUAGAUCCAUCCCUACUCUUGUAGAGACAGUGGCAAGAAGUGUCUUUUACUAUUGUCA